AUGUUCCAGCGCCCGAGCAUCGAACCUAUCCUCACCGAGAAGGAAGGCCGCAGCGAGGUCGACAUGGCGCCGGCCAUCGAGUGUCGGACGCCCAAAGAAGCGCCGUCACCAUCCUCGGCGGCCACGCCGUCGCCGCGAUGGCACUGGGUCCAUACCCAGCUGACAAAGAAGGUCCUGUACGUCGUCCUCUUCUGCCUUUCAACCUUCUUGAGCUCGUCGAUCGCUUGCGGCUGGGUCGCCAACGCCGUCCAUCGAUCGACGUCGACGCCCUUCUCGCUCGCACGUGCCAUCGCCGUGCUCCACGCCCAUGAAACAGCGUACGACGACUGCAUCCAAGACGCGCUCGCCCACGAGAUGCUCGCGCUUGUCACGACAUGGAGCCACGAGCAAGACGUUGUCGCGAGUAUCGCAGUGGCCGACGAGGUGGCGAUCGUCGCUUUGGCGAAUGCCACCUUGGCCUGCAAAGCAACGCUCGCCGAGCUGCAAACCACAUUGCUUGUAUCGUCGUCAAGCACUGUACUCUGCUCGCCCGAUGACCAACUGGCCCUUGAGACGCUCCAGAACGCCUAUUCGCUCUCGCAGCCACCGACGACCAGUCGCAUUUUCCUUCGCUUCCCCAACGCCCAAGCCCAAGCCGACGCCACAGCGCUGAACCGAACGCUCACAGCAUACCAAGAUGCCGUCCACGCAGACGCGCAGGCGCUUCGCGACGUCGUUUCGACCGGUGCGUCGUCGCUCCAGGCCAACGCGGACGCAGCCCACGCGGCCGUUCUCACGCUCCAGAGUCAGUGGUCGACAGCGACCAGCGACACGGCUGAUAUUCAUGGCGUUCUCAGCUCGCUCCAAGGCGUCAAGGCCUCUGCAGCCGCGAUUGAAGCCGUUCUCGCCAAGGCCAAGCCGGCGCUGGCCGCAGUCGGGAUCACACUCCCACCCCUUCGCAUUGCGCUGGACCUAGAGACAUCCAUGACGCAGCUCCUUCUCUUUGGCGCUGUGAUGAACCGCUCGAUUGCAGCUGUUGCAAAUGCGCAAGAGGCAACGCAAGCCGACGCACGCGCGUUCGUCGCUGGUCUUGGCAACGCCAUGGACCGCGUUGAUGGUACCAGCGCAGCCUUGGCAUCGCAGGUCGCACGGUAUACUUCCCCCAACGCCUCGACGUUGCACCGAGCGACCUUUAGCAACUGGACGCUGCGCGACGCGCUGCUGGAGCAGCGAGGUGGCACCGUCGUCGACACGUAUCCGGAAUGGAAUGCGUCCAGCACGGUGGUCCCGACGACGAUGGCGACCGACGCCGAUGCACCGGACAACGAUCCGCAAGGUGCGUACGGGGUCGACGUCCAAGGCAACGUGGUCGCGACGUCGCUGCCGCUCGACUUGCUCGUUCGCCUCGCGCUCUGCGUGCUCGUGACCGUUAUGAUUGCGCAGGACGCGUUCACCGACAUCCCCGAGAUUGACAACCAAAACACAUCUCGUCUCCAAACCACUGCGGACUGGCUCAACGUCCUCCGCUGCCGCCACUCGAUCAUGGAUGUGCUCUCGAGCGUCUGCCGACUCCGUCUCUGGCCGUUCUUCGUCGCCGUCCUUCUCGGGAUUGUGCUCACGGCGAUGACCGUGCUCAUCGUCAUCCCGUUGAAUCGCAUGCACAGCGAGGCGUGUGGACUCGCCACGAUGUCCGACCCGUCGCCCAACUGGCUGGGCAACAUUGUCGUCAGCUUUGCAAGCUCGUCCAUGACGGCCAAUGGCGCUCUUCACGCAUCUGCGGGCGUGUCGACGCUGCAGUCGCUGCAUGACAACUCGUGUGCGGCCAGUCAGCUGAGCAUUGUGCGUGCCAACAUGGGCCACCAAGCCAACACCUCGUUGCGGUAUCGCGAGUACGCCCAGCUGCAUGCGCUCGUGACGCAGCUGCGCAAGUGCCUGCCGCCAAACGACACCAGCGCGGAUUGCGCCGUGUCGCCCGAGGCCAUCGCUGCACUCACGUCGCUCCAGACGUACACGUGCCCGGCCUACAAUGCGACACGCCGCCGCGUUCAAGGCGCUUGCGCCGCCGUGGUCCGCCGCUUUGCGAGCGGCGACGGCAAGGCCCACGUGUGCGCGCUCGAGCGCUCGCUCCUCGAAAUGAUCUCGGUCGCGUGGGUCUCGGUGGUCACGUUCGUCCUCCUCAACGGUGCGCACCUCUGCUUCAUGAAGGCGGUCGCGUUCUGGCUCUGGCGCGCGCUCAGCGCCGGGCGGUACCCGUUCGUGGGCUUUGUCGACGCCGACGGCAACGCCCUGGACGCCGACCAGCUGCGCGUCCGCCUGGAGCGCCGCCUCGCCGAGCAUUCGCGUCUCUGCGUCCUCUACGCGGGCCUUGCCGCGGCGCUGUGGCUCGUGGCCUUUCUAUUUGCGCAGUAUAUCCUAGCGUCGCUCGCGGAGGACUCGUAGGACGCAACACCUCAACCUCGUGCAGGAAUAAAGAACCUUGGCGUCUGA